UGCAGAUUUAAAUGUAAAAAAAAAAACAAGAAAAAAAACGAAGGAAAAGAAAAACGAAUGUUGAGGUGGGAUUGUUGUUCUUGUUGCUUCUGGUUUUAAUGGGGAUGGAAUCCAGAGGCGACGAGGUUCAAUCCAUGCUCCUUUACGAGAAAACCUGCGAAAGGUUCUUCCAUCUUGAGAUCGGACCUUUCCUUUGAUCUGUGUCCUAAGCUCUUCUUUCUAGUGCCUGCCUGUGGAUUGGCAGUGGUUUGAAUAAUGGCAGACUCUGUCGAUGUCAUUUUGGAUUUCUUGCGAAGCAAUAAGUUUACGAGGGCCGAGGCUGCUUUGCGUGGGGAGCUCAGUAGUCGCUUGAAUUUGAAUGGAUCCCUUCAGAAUCUCAUCUUGGAAGAGAAGGAUGCAGGAAAUGCAUUGGAAGAAGAGAAGAAGGACAAGCCAGAUGCGAAACACCAAGGAACAGGUGCCAGGAACAGUGGUGAACUUUCUAAGGAACUUAUUGUAAAGGAGAUUGAAUGCGGAACUGCCAGAAAUGGGUCUGGGACUAAUUGGAGAACUACUGCUUCUCUGGAGGAGAGGAAUGGGCCUAGUGAAUCUGCUGGGACAAGUGACAGGGGCUUCUCUUUUGCUCAAGCUUCUGGGGAAACUCCAACAAAUAUGUACUCAUGGAAAAUUAAUCUGGACAAUGGUCAAGCCAACCCAUUUGAGAAGGAUGGUAUUAUUACUAGUAACUUUUCGGAGCUUCAAAUAUCUGAACAUUUGAAGUAUCGCUCUCAGGUUUCUGACAAGGGGAACUUGAUUAUUGGGACAGUGAAAUAUGGAGAAAGCUAUGGAACAGAGUUAGGUUUGUCAGGAGAACAAAGGACAUCAUGGCUUGGAAGUACAAGUAAAGCCAAUGCUGACCUCAAGUAUGAAAGGAAUCAGAUGAAUGAUGGCAAAGCACUUGAUAAGCAACCUAGGCCUAUUUGUAUGUUCUUCAAAGAUAACUUGGAGGAGAAACUAAUGUCAAAAAAAGAGGAACCACUACAAUGUUCUGUUGAUCCACUGAAAGAAUGCUCUAUCAAGAAUGUUUUUCCAUUCUCCAAGGGAGAUGCAUUGACUAGUUAUGAUAAUGUUCUUUGUUCUGGUGAUAAUAAAAAGGAAGGAAAGAGGAAAAUAGAGUCCAAUGAUGUCAGGGCAGCAUUGAAGGAACAGGUAGAUGAGGUUGGAAGAUCUAUAUUUUUUGGUAAAUCCCAAGGAAGUGCAGAGCAAAAUGAUAUCUGUAGCUUAGAUUUGUCAUUUGUUAUGGAGAACCAUAAUGAAGGGUUACCAAGGUUGCCACCUGUUAAACUCAAGUCAGAGGACAAGUCAGUGAAUAUUCAGUGGGAGGAAAAGUUUGAUCACCAUGGACCUGGAGAAAAUCUUACCAAUGCAGAUAAUACUUUCUUGAUAGGAUCAUUUCUGGAUGUUCCAGUUGGACAAGAAAUCAACUCUUCAGUGAUGAUAACAGGCGGAAAGAGGGCUUUGGGAAGUAGUUGGCUAUCUGUAAGUCAGGGCAUUGCCGAGGAUGCUUCUGAUUUGGUUUCGGGUUUUGCAACGGUGGGUGAUGGAUUGAGUGAAUCUGUUGACUAUCCAAAUGAAUAUUGGGACUCUGAUGAAUAUGAUGAUGAUGAUGAUGUUGGAUACAUGAGGCAACCAAUUGAAGAUGAGACUUGGUUUCUUGCUCAUGAAAUUGAUUACCCAAGUGACAAUGAAAAAGGAACAGGGCAUGGGAGCAUUCAAGACCAGCGGGAAAGAGGUCCAACAAAAGUUGAAGAUGAUGACCAAUCUUUUGCUGAGGAUGACUCUUAUUUCUCUGGUGAGCAGUAUUUUCAGUCAAAAAAUAUUGACCAAGUUCCUAUUUCCAAUGAUCCUAUAGGGCUUUCAAUGGCUGAAAUGUAUGGGAGGAAUGAUGAAAAUGAUAUAAUUGCCCAAUGUGAUGGGCAAUUGAUGGAUGAAGAAGAAUUAAGUUUGAUGCGCUCAGAACCUGUAUGGCAGGGUUUUGUCACUCGGACAAAUGAACUUGUUAUGUUGGGUAAUGGGAGAGUUUUGAAUGAGUGUGAAAGAACUCGACCGGAUGAUCUCUGCAUGGAUGAUGACCAGCAUGGUUCUGUUAGAUCAAUUGGUGUGGGGAUCAACAGUGAUGCUGCUGAUAUUGGCAGUGAAGUACGGGAAAGUUUAAUUGGAGGAAGCAGUGAAGGGGACUUGGAAUACUUCCGUGAUCAAGAUGUUGGUAUUGGUGUGUCCAGUUAUUCUCAACAUGACACAGAUAAGAGAAAGGCAAGUAAGCAGGAUUCUGAUAAAUAUGUUAUGGGGAAUGAAAAAGGAGCUUCUCGAAUUGUGCAAAAUUAUUCUGAUGGUGGAUUUUCUUUCCCACUCCCUUUGAGAGAUGGGGGCUCAAACUCUGGCAAAUCUUUAUGGUCUACCAAGUGUAAUGCUGUAACUGGUGAUGAAGCUGAUGAUUGCGGGAAUGGUCUGAUGGAAAGUGAUGAGAUGCUUGCUUCAUGGAGGCGGAAGGGCAAUGCUUCUUCAUCUGACAAGAGUUCACAGGAUAGAAAUAAUGAUAAUGCCAUUAUAUCAGCAAACUCUACUUCUUCAACACUCUCAAACUAUGGUUAUGCUGAAGGGAUGCAUGUUAAGGAAGGGGAGGAUGACAAAAUUAGUGAUGCAGGAGAAGAAGAUCCAGGGACAACACUGGAGGAUGAAGAAGCAGCAGCUGUGCAGGAGCAAGUAAGGCAGAUAAAAGCUCAGGAGGAGGAGUUUGAGACCUUUAAUCUCAAGAUCGUGCAUAGAAAAAACAGAACGGGCUUUGAGGAGGAUAAGAAUUUUCAUGUUGUUCUAAAUUCAGUGAUUGCUGGGCGUUAUCAUGUUACUGAGUAUCUUGGAUCAGCUGCAUUUAGCAAAGCUAUUCAAGCACAUGAUUUGCAUACGGGCAUGGAUGUCUGUGUUAAAAUUAUAAAGAACAACAAAGAUUUUUUUGAUCAGAGCCUUGAUGAAAUAAAGCUUCUCAAAUACGUCAACAAGCAUGAUCCUGCUGACAAAUACCAUAUUCUGCGCUUGUAUGAUUACUUCUAUUAUCGAGAACAUUUGUUGAUUGUAUGUGAACUUCUGAAGGCAAAUUUGUAUGAAUUUCAAAAAUUCAAUCGAGAAUCUGGGGGAGAGGUUUACUUCACAAUGCCAAGGUUGCAGUCAAUUACCAUUCAGUGUUUGGAGGCACUGCAGUUUUUGCAUGGACUUGGUCUUAUUCACUGUGAUUUAAAGCCAGAAAACAUUUUGGUUAAGAGCUACAGUAGGUGUGAGGUGAAAGUUAUUGACCUUGGGAGCAGUUGUUUUGAAACAGAUCAUCUUUGCUCCUAUGUCCAGUCUAGGUCAUAUCGUGCACCGGAAGUUAUUUUGGGACUCCCAUAUGAAAAAAAAAUUGAUUUAUGGUCACUUGGAUGCAUCUUGGCAGAACUUUGUACCGGAAAUGUUCUCUUCCAAAAUGAUUCACCUGCAACAUUGCUUGCACGUGUAAUUGGAAUCAUAGGCCCCAUCGACCAAAGCAUGCUUGCAAAGGGACGAGAUGUAUACAAAUAUUUCACCAAAAAUCAUAUGCUUUAUGAACGGAAUCAGUGAUUUUUGGGUUCCAAUAAACCCUAACCCAAUCUGUUCAGACGAUUGUGAGAGAACUUGAUAGCAGCAGUCCUGUUAGCCCCCCAGAAGACCAAAAAUCUCAUUCUCUCUCUUAACUCUGUUCUCUAUAUCUCUUGUCUCAUUCCAGAAAUCCAUAACCAAACUUGACACCAAGCUUCUCCUCCGGUGCCAGACAACCGAUUCCGGUUAUUACACCGUCCAGCAAUAAGAAAAAGAAAAACCAAAUAUUUACUCUUAGGCCACAAAUGAUCAAACCUUGGAUUGCCAUUGUAUGCUUGACGACAAAUCGAAUUAGGUUUCUGCAAAGGCAAGCAUAGCUGGGGGACUACCUAUUGCAAACACCGGAGUUGGAAAAACCAACCCUUAAGCACUCCAUUGAAACAAAGAUUGCAAUAGAGGCCCAGAUAACGAGAUGGUUUUUAUAACCUUCUCCACUAUAUUGGAAGGUAGUUUAAGUAGAAAUCUAGUAAGAUUGUUGAAAGGUGGUUUGGGGGAGGCUUCCGGUUAGGGCGUUAUGGGAAAUGCCCAAAGAACUGAGUGAUGUUGGUAAAAAAUCUACGUCUCUUCUGUCUAGCUUGUAGGUUCUUAAUUAAUUUAAGAGAAAAAAUUAAGAUUUGAGAGGGAGAGAGUUUGCUUUUCAAUCUUUUUCUUUUCUAGGUCUAAAUAUUAUGUCAAUGUCUGGUCGAGAAUUGAAUUUGGGGUAAAUUGGACUACUUUGGGUAAGCUGGAAACAACAUCUAUUUGGCACUCGUCUGGCUGUUGUAGUCGGUUGUUCGGUGCUGGAGAAGAAGCUUGGAGUCCAAAGUUGGUUUUGAACUUCUGGAACAAGACAAGAGAAGCAGAGGGACCUGUUAUGCCAUGGUUGUUGGGGUUUGUAACAGGUAAGCUGUUUUAUUUUGAAACAUCCUGGUUGUUUUAUUUUGAAAAUUUGAGAAGUAAUAGAGGGUAUAUUUGUCAUUUUGCUUCUUUAUGUCAAUAUUUAACGAGGAUGGCAAUUGUUAGAAAAGUUAGGGAUAGUUUAAAAAAUAUGUAAAUAGUAAGGGCAGAGUUAGUCAAUUUCCUAAACUUUAGGGGUACUUUAAGAACUUUUCCCUUUAUAUUAUACUAUUAGGGGGUGAUAUUAUAAUUUUAUAUGUAUCCUUACUAUACAAUGCUGAUACUUGCCUUGGUUUCACAUAAUGCUGAUGCUUAGUUUAGGUGGAAAAAUUUUUGAUAGAAUUUCUCACAUUACAUAAUUCACCCAAUUAGACUAGUGAUUGGGGCCUUUUAUGUUUAGGUAAGCCUCCAAUCAUAAAAUAUGUGGCAGUGAGGGUGAUGUGUGAACACUUGAUGGGAAAGCUUUUAUAUCUAUGUUUGACUUGCCUAGACAUUUUUUAUGUUGCUAGUGUUGUAAGUCAAUAUGUGCAUCGUUCUCACCUAUCUCAUCUAGUAGCUGUUGGAAAGAAACUUUUGUUACUUAGAAGGUUCUCUUGGCAGAGGAUAGUUACAUAUUCAUUGGGGAAUGGGGAUGAAAUUGAAUUAAAUCAAAUUCGGAUAAGAAACAUAGGUGAUUCAAAUCUGACGGAUAUUCAGAAUAUCCCAAUUUGAUUUCGAUUCAAUUAUAUCAUCAGAUAUCCAAUUCGUAUUCGACACUGUACUGUGAAAGAAGAGGAAGAAAAAAUGAAAGGAAGAGAGGGAUUUGGAUGUUCAUGUGUGGGUGUAAACUGAUGAGUGAUUGAGAAAUGAGGAUUUCAGUACCUCUGCAUGAAAUGGACUGGAAAUGAGAUUUCUCACCUCUCUUUAUUACCGGCAGUGAGACAGCAACAAGUCAGCAAAUCCAGAGAUGGCGAUAACCACUGGAGCAUCCAAACUUCGGUUUAGGGUUUCUGUGUUUCUGCAGUUUCGCCAGUCACUGUUGGAAAGUUUCAGAUGUGGCAAGAACAAAAUAAAAAAGAGUUGGAGAAGUUGUUGAUCAAAUCAUUUGAUGGGUCAGAGAGAGAGAGAUUGAAGUUGGUAGCUUACUGAAAAGGAGAGACAAUCUUCUUAAACAUUCUCCUCCAUAUCUUUCUGCCAUUUCUGCUCUCCAACAGUUUCUCGGUCAUCAUCACAAGAAUACCACUGUUUCUUUGAAUAUGGUUUGUUGGGGAUGAGAACCUUUUGACGUGAUUGCAAUUUUGUUGGGUGCAGCAGAAAAUUUUAAAUGUGGCAAUGCUGGCAACAAUGAAAUUUGAAAGAGUUGGAAAAGAGGGAAUUCUGAUUUCUGACCUAUUUGAUGACUUGUCAGUCAUCAAUGUCAAGGGCUGGAUUAUUUAGGACCAUGUAGUUUCAAUUUCAUUUCAGAACUACAGUUGGUUUUAUUUAGGACCAUUUAGGUCCUACGGUUGGGUUGCUCCAUUGUGACCUUGGUGACCAGGGUUCAAAUCUUGGAAACAGAUUGGGUUGGAAUUGGACUUUAGUGAAUUGAAUCAAGGGAUAUCCGAAUCUGGCACAAACGAAUUGGACUAAAGUUUGAAUUGGAUCGAUGUCCAAUCCAUUUAGAUCCCUAAUGUUCACCAUGUAUACUUAAAAUUGAAGCCUAUAUACCAUUGUGAUUAGGCUUGUGGGUGACAGAAGGUCUACUUCAAGGCAAUGUACAUUUGUUGAAUGAAACAUGGUUUCUUGGGGAAGGAAACAAUCCUGUGGUUAGAUUGUGUGUGGAACCUGAAUAUGGCACAUGGAGUUUCAGAAUUGCCAUGGCUGAACAAGAGUUGUCUUUGAAGGUCCUAUGAAGUUGUUUUGUGACAACAAACAGUUAUCAACUUUGCCAAUAAUCCUGUCCAGCAUGAUUGUAUAAAACAUAUAGAAGCUGAAAAGGCAUUUUAUACAUGAAAGAGUUGCCAGUGGAGAAAUCUAUUUGUGAGGUCAUGUUACCAGCUUGCUGACUACUUGACCAAAGAUGCUCCUCGACACAAUGGAAAACAAUCUAUGCAAGUUAGGCAUGCACAAUAUUUAUGCCUAGCUUGAGGGGGAGUGUGAGUGGCACCAGUUUAAGGGCUUUUUACUAGUGGGGCUUGGGGGGGUGAAAUUAUAGCAUAAAUACUAAUGAAUGGUCAAACCCAAUGUUUUGGGUCUCUUCAAACUUGUUUCUUCCUUUUGCUCCUUUUUCUUUCUUCACUUUCUAAACCUAGAAUUUUCUUCAAGAUAAGCUAACUGUAGUCUGUAGGUAACAUAACUUUUAUUGGCAUCCAUUCUUGACUUGGGUACGUUAUGACCUUUGAACAAGUCAUUGUACUUUCGGGGUUGUUCUUCCUAAU